AUGAAGCUCGCCGUCUUCAGCUCCAAGGCCUACGACAAGAAGUACCUCAACGCCGAGUACGAGGCCAAGCAGGGCAAGCUCGCCAAGCACAUUGCGGGCGACUUCGAAAUCAUCUUCCACGACUUCUCCCUCUCUCCCGAUACCGUCUCCCUCGUCAAGAACGUUGACGCCGUCUGCGUCUUCGUCAACGACGUCCUCACCGCUGACGUGCUCCACGAGCUGCACAAGGUGGGCGUCAAGGCAGUCCUGCUUCGAUGUGCGGGUUUCAACAACGUCGACCUUAAGGCGGCCGAAAAACUCUCAAUCUUUGUCGCCAACGUCCCCUCCUACUCCCCCGAGGCCGUCGCCGAGUUCGCCGUCUCUCUCCUGCAGACCCUCAACCGACGCACCCACCGAGCCUACAACCGUACCCGCGAGGGCAACUUUAAUCUGGAUGGACUCCUGGGAAAGACCGUACACGGCAAGACUGUCGGUAUCAUCGGCACCGGACGUAUCGGUGUCUCCAUGGCUCGCAUCAUGAAGGGCUUUGGUUGCACCUUGUACGCGUUUGACCCCUUUGAGUCGGAUGCCUUCAGGGAGCUCGGAGAGUACUUGCCCCUCGAGGAGCUCCUGCCCAAGUGCGACUUCAUCAGCUUGCACUGCCCGCUGAUGGAAAAGACGAAGCACAUCAUCAACGAGAGGACGCUGAAGAUGAUGAAGCCCGGCUGCAUGCUGGUCAACACGUCGCGAGGCGGGCUGAUUGACACUAAGGCCGUCACCCAUGCCCUGAAGAGUAAGCAUCUCGGCGGCCUGGCGUUGGACGUGUACGAGGGCGAGGGGGACCUCUUCUACAACGACCACUCGGGACACAUCAUUGACGACGACGUCCUCACGCGCUUGAUGACCUUCCCCAACGUGCUCAUCUGCGGCCACCAGGGCUUCUUCACCGAAGAGGCGUUGCAGGAGAUCUCCGAGUGCACCUUCCGCAACCUCGAGGACUUCAUGCUGGGUCGCAGGUGCCAGAACUCGCUUGUCAAGGAGGAGUUUGUCAUGUCUCGCAGAGAUUCUCUGCCGGUGCGUAUUGUCUAG